GCCUAGUGCCAUAGAUUUCGGCCUUCCCCUUGGAGUGUCUACGAUAUUCCACAGAAAAUCCGAGCUGCCGAAAAAACAAAAACACAUAGCCAAUUAUACGGGCAGAGAGAAAGUGAAAGAGAGAGAAAUGGCGUCGUCGCUUUCACGGUGGCUCGUCGAUCCAAAGAAGAACUGGUUUGCCGCUCAGCAUAUGAAAUCCCUCUCCAAGCGCCUCCGCAAAUAUGGGCUUCGCUACGACGACCUGUACGAUCCCUACUACGAUCUGGACGUUAAAGAGGCCCUGAAUAGGCUUCCCAGAGAGAUUGUGGACGCCCGAAAUCAGCGUCUCAAGCGCGCCAUGGACCUGUCCACGAAGCACGAGUACCUCCCGGAGAAUCUUCAGGCGGUGCAAACACCAUUCAGGAGCUACAUUCAGGAUAUGCUGUCUCUGGUAAAGAAGGAGAGAGCAGAACGUGACGCUUUGGGAGCUUUGCCUCUUUAUCAGCGAACCAUUCCCUGAGCAUGUUAUUGUAUCUUGUGGCUAUAGUUGACUGGAGUUUUGGUCUGUCAUAUGAGAGACUGUCGUCUAUAUGCUUAUCUUCCCAUUUAUUUGCAUGUUGGUGUCUGAUUGGAACUUAAAAUAUGGUUGCCAUAUACAGUUUUCCUUUAAUUUCUAGUAAUAAUGUGUGAUCACCAACAUUUCAUUUUAAUAUCUUUCCUCCAGUAAUAUGAUUUCAUCACAAGGGUCAUUUUAUUUCAA